AUGUUAUCCAACGAUUUUACCGAACAAUUUUAUUUCCCUCAAUACUUGUCAUCAUCAACAAUCUCAUCGGAAAAUACCCACUGCUCCACAACGGGAAACAAUUUUAUGGCCUAUGAGCAGAACAACGCCGCUGGACAUCAUCAUCCCUACAAUCCUUUAGAUAUGAAUUUCGCUCAUGUGAUGGAUUCAAUGGAACUACAUAACACAGAUUCAAUGUCCGAUUCAAAUACCAGCAAUGAAUUUGGCUUGGAAACACCAAUACCCACCUCCACAUAUGAAUUGGAAAAUUUCUACAACAACUAUCAUCAGCAGCAGCAACAACAACAAAAUCAUCAACAACAUUGGAAUAAUAUGGCGCAUAAUAAUUUCUCCACAUCAUCACAACCAUCCACAGAAACACCAAAUGGAAUUGGCAGCACACCCCUGAAAUCGCUGAAAUAUAAUCCCAUAAAAAUUGAAAAUAAAAUUAUGAAAACUUCAACAAAAUCAUAUGGUAAACUUAAUCGCAGUUCUUCAUCGUCGUCCUCAUCAUCAUCGUCGUCGCCGACGGGAACUGUGGCGUGUUCUCAAGAAGUUUUACGCAAACGGCGCCUUGCCGCAAAUGCCCGUGAACGUCGUCGCAUGAACAGCCUCAAUGACGCCUUUGAAAAGCUACGCGAUGUUGUGCCCUCGCUUGGGCAUGAUCGUCGCCUAUCCAAAUAUGAAACUCUACAAAUGGCCCAGGCCUAUAUUGGAGAUUUGGUUAAAUUACUAACUCGAGAUUAUUAG